CAAAACAAACUGAGCACGUGGGGGAAAGAGGAAGUGACGUAGCGCACGGAAACAAGCACAAACAACAAGCUUCAGGCCUAGCUUCUUUUGACUCUUUGGUGAGCAAUUCUGUCGAAGGUAUAUCGCGAGCAGAAUGGCCACAGACUGGUUGGGCAGCGUUGUGUCGAUAAACUGUGGGGUGAUGUUGGGAAUAUAUCAAGGAGAGGUGUCAUCUGUUGACCAUGCCAGUCAGACCAUCUCACUCAAACAGCCCUACCGUAAUGGAGUGAGGUGUCCCGUUCCUGAGGUCACAUUUAGUGCCAUGGAUAUCAAGGAAUUGAAGUUCUUAGAUAUCCAGAAUACAGUCAACAAGACCAGCGCUGAGCAGGGAUGCGCUCCACAAACCAUUUCAGCCGGUCAUCCCACGCAGAGCAACAAAGCGACUAAUUCAACAAAUGAGAAUUCUCGUUCCAGCACAGCUCCGAUCACUAUCCUACGGAGAGCACCAACAGGUUCAUCAAACAGCAGAGGGGCGACUCAUGGCACGCAAAGGAGAAGUGGCGUUCGGAACGGAUUUGCUGGAGGCUCUGUGAGGUCAAAGGAUGAUGAAUGCUUCGGCGAAGGGACCGAUGAAGGCCUGGACACCGACUUCGACUUUGAGGCAAACCUGGCUCUAUUUGACAAAGCGGCUGUUUUCUCCAAGAUCGACGGGAUCAAAGGCCACAAGGCACAGCAUCACAGCACCCAGACUGAACAGAAGCCCCAAUCCUACCGCCAUGAUGAGAAUAUUCUGGAGAGGAAGCCUGUCAUAUACAGACAGAUUAAGGUGCCUCAGCAUGGGGGAAAGGAGUACUGUACAGACUCGGGCCUGGUCGUUCCCAGCAUUCCCUAUGAGCUUCAUAAGCGUCUGCUUGUGACGGCAGAGCGUUGGGGUCUGACGGUAGAGCGCAGGCUGGAGACCAUUGGUGUUUGUUCCAGUCAGAUGGCUUUGUCACUGCUGGGAGGACCAAACAGACUGACCCCCAAAAACGUCCACCAGAGGCCAACGGUUGUCCUUCUGUGCGGCCCCCACAUUCAAGGAGCCCAAGGAGUCAGUUGCGGGCGACAUCUAGCCAACCAUGAAGUCGAGGUUAUCGUGUUCCUGCCAAACUUUGUCAAAAUGCAGGAGUCGGUCACCAGCGAGGUCAGCCUUUACAGCAGAACAAGUGGCCUGCAGGUGUCCAGCAUCAAAGAACUCCCUUCGAGUCCGGUCGAUUUGGUCAUCCACUGUCUGGACAGCCACGAGAACCCACUGAUGAGAGAACAGUCCUGGUACCAGUCCGCUGCCGACUGGGCCAACAGGAACCGGGCUCCAGUCCUAAGCAUUGAUCCCCCGGCCAACGAUGGGCCUCAGGCUGUGGAGGCGAAGUGGGCCCUGUCUCUCGGACUUCCUCUGCCUUUAGCGGAGAGCGAGAGCCGCCUCUACCUGUGCGAUAUUGGCAUUCCCAAGCUGGUCUUCCAAGAAGUUGGAAUCAGUUACCACUCGCCGUUUGGAUGUAAAUUCGUCAUCCCUCUUCACCCAGCAUAGUAAAGCAGAGGGGGAGAAGCACACCUUUGUAAUCAUUUUUUUUUUAAAGUUUUUUUUUGACAAAUUUCCAAAAACUGAACUGUGCACAAGCUCCACAGUAAUCCUCUCAGCAGUUGCCACUUGUUACUCUUAUUUUUUGGAAGAAAAUGUUUCCUGUUCUCUCUUUGUUUUGACAAGGGCUCAUUGCUGAUGUGAAUAUGUUUACAGAAAGCCGACCACUUCGCCUGUUUUACUUGUGACUCGUAUUGUUAGACUCAGCAACAGGAGCACAGUUCCUGUUUUAGAUUCCAGCAGUGCAGCUCAGCCUGAAGAUGGCUCCACUGUCCUUCAUCUUCCAAUGCCGAUAAUGAGGGGAGUCAUUGCUCACUGCUGCAAAAAACACUUUCAUUUCACCUCAGAAAGGUGCUAUUCGUCCAGUACUGUAGCAGUUGUAGCGUUUGUAAAGAUUAUACAGUAUUUAUAUUUGUAUUUAUUUUUGGAAUACUUCUCAGGAAUGCAACGUGAAGAGAAUAUUUGUAUUUAACUGUGUUUUGAGCUUAAUGUAAUGGAACUUAAUUUAGAAACAACCAACUGAGACCACUGAAAGAUUUAUGUUUCUGUCGUUCAAGAGAGAAAACAUCACUUGUAGCAUCAUAAAGUUUCAAGGAUUA